AUGACGUGCCAGACAACGCUGCUCAUCACCACAAUGAUUUUCGCCUUUUUCGCUUUGUCUAUGCUCGGUAUUUUAAUUACCAAACCUGCUCCUUGCGUAACUGAAGUGCUAUGCCAGGAGGGGCACUCAUGCCCUACGCAAUGGAUGUGUUGCGAGCUCGGGUGCUGCGACGCCGGCUCCGUUACGACAGUAAACCCGCCGCGACGGGUAAACACAACACCACCAAUACUUUCGCGGCGAGAUGCCGACGAACCACCACUCAAAGAGCAUAGUUAUAGCUAUGCUUGGUAUGCGCAGUGGCCCGUACUGUUUCUUCUUGGAACUCUUGGCGGUAUUUUGAUUUGCUGCAUCUGGUGUCUAUUCUUCAAGAGACCAUCAGGUCAUGGGGUGUACAUGUGUUCGAUGGCGUGCUGCGUGCGGCGGCCGACCUCGGAACACGACUCAGCGGGCUCGGUGUACCCGCCGCCCCGCUACAGCCGCUGCGGAUCCUUCCACCAGGCACCACCACCGUAUUCUGAAGUCGCGUCUAAACCUGAUCUAUAUCCACUGGUCAUCACUUGCGGUGAGGGCGACGCCAAAGCUGGCAACUAUCUCAUGGUACAUUACUUCCGGAACUACGUGAUUCGUGCACCAGGCUCUCUAUCAGCGACGAGUACUGCAGAAUCUCUCAACUCCAGUUUCAUAUGCAACGCGGCGAAUGAGGCAAAUUCAAUCAUUCCACCGCCGUACUCGUGCGCGAACAACUACGAGGAGUGCGGCGUGGGCUGCGGACCACUGCUACGGUCCCUGUCCUCGCUGACGGAGCAGCGCGCUGCCCCAGCACCGGUCCCCCAGCGCUCCCGCACCGAACCCAUGCCCGCCAGACCACGAGACCCACCCGCUGCCUUCCGGGACAACCUUAUCACUUCACCUGUCCAACCCUUGGACUCUACCUUCGACCUUGAAUUGGAGCUUAUUGACUGCGAGAUGUACUGCGAUGGAGGAUGCAAGCCGCGACUCGGUUCAUCACCUCCAACCCACCAGUCCCUUGACGAAGAUGACGACAACAAUAUGUACAUGCACGAGGCGUACGGCAGCUUGCGACAGUUCUACACUGGCAAACCUGACCCACCUGAGUCACCGCCGCAACCGACCAGCCCAACACAGACAUCCAGGGAUUCCACUUUAAGGAGGACUAGUGACGAGAGACGUCACAGACGCCUUGAGAGCGUUAAGAAAACGCCAAGGCAACGAAAAACGAGCUUAUACAUGCCAUUGUCAGUAGCUUACCCUGUUAGGACUUCAAGAAUCUCCCCUACAACUCGGACCUCUUCUCGAUCAGCUCCAGCCACGCCAUGCAGCUCUCUUGUGCCCAAUCUUCUCACAUUCUCCCAGAGAGUGUCAGCUUCCCGACAUGGAUCAAGAUCGUCAAAAUUCGAAGAAGAGAGUGACCCACUGCUCGCAGAGCUGGAACAACGCACUGACCACAAAUUUUAA